UUCUGGCACAGGAUGAAGCGAGAGCCCAUCAUCUGACUUCUCGAGCUGGUUACAUUAAUUACAUAAUAAUCAUUAUGUGGUUAUCAUUCCAGAAUCACUGAUUGGAUUCCAGAUGUGUCUGGUUCCCAAAUCUUUCCACUACCCACUUCCUGGGCAUCCAGUUUGACCCACCAUGGAGUCUAUAGCCUGUAACAGAUCAGAGGACUCUUCAACCAUCUUCUACCUUAUGGGCAUCCCCUCUCUGCCAAAACCCCUCUUCCUCCCUGUGUUUUUCGUUUUUGUCCUUCUCUACCUGCUCAUCCUGGCGGGGAACACCCUGAUCCUGGUGGCUGUAGUGGCAGAGCCCAGCCUCCACAAGCCCAUGUACUUCUUCCUGGUCAACCUCUCAGCCCUGGACAUCCUUUUCACCACAACCACUAUCCCCAAGAUGCUGUCCCUACUCUUAUUUGGGGACCGCUUCCUCAGUUUCCCCACCUGCUUCCUGCAGAUGUACCUCUUUCACAGCUUCUCCUGCUCUGAAGCCUUCAUCCUGGUGGUCAUGGCCUAUGACCGCUACGUGGCUAUCUGCCGCCCGCUGCACUACCCUGUGCACAUGACCCCCUGGACCAAUGCUGCGCUGGCCGCCGGUGCCUGGAUCACUGCCCUCCUCCUGCCCAUCCCGGCUGUGGUGCAGACCUCCCACAUGGCUUUUGACAAUAUUGCUCACAUCUAUCACUGCUUCUGUGACCAUCUGGCUGUGGUCCAGGCCUCCUGCUCUGACACCACACCCCAGACCUUCUUGGGCUUCUGCAUCGCCAUGGUGGUGUCCUUCCUGCCCCUUCUCCUGGUGCUUAUUUCCUACGCCCACAUCCUGGCCGCGGUGCUUUGCAUCAGCUCCCGAGAAGGACGCUCAAAGGCCUUCUCCACCUGCAGCUCCCACCUCCUGGUGGUUGGGACCUACUACUCAUCCAUCGCCAUUGCCUAUGUGGCCUACAGGGCUGACCUGCCUCUCGACUUCCACAUCAUGGGCAAUGUGGUAUAUGCUAUUCUCACACCUGUCCUCAACCCUCUAAUCUACACACUGAGAAAUAAGGAUGUCAAAGCAGCUAUUACCAAAAUAGCAUGUCCCCAGGACUCAAAGAUGGCUGGGAAACAUUGAUUUAUGGGUGUAUCAUGAUCUACUCACAAACACUAAAAA